AAGUUUCGCAGACUUUUUUGAUUUUUACUUGCUUUUUCUUGUUUUGCCAUACUGUGCCUCUCCAGGAUAAUUGUAAUGUUUUAUUUUCUGGAUAGAUUUCCAUUGUGUGAUAUUUUCUGAGCGUGUUGUCUUUCACUCGUAAUCGGUACUUUCGGCGUUCAUUAUUGGGCAGACAGAAAAUGGACUACGCUGCUGUAAAACCAGAAGCAGGUGUCGAUGCAACUGUGAUGGAGCCAACAGAUCCUUCGAUGUCGUGGAUAAAACGCGAAGAAGCAGAGGAUGAAGAUGGGGAGGCUGGUCUGCAGCAGGCUGUGGUUAAUCCCUUCCGCGUGGAUGUCUCGCUCAUCCCGCAGGCCGCGUCGCAGGACGGGGGCGCCCUGCAGGAGCUGGGCCUGCAGGUGUUCAAUCAGGAGGACCUGGAGACGGCCGUCAUCCACCAGGCCGAGCAGCACAUGCACGAAGAGGCCCAGCAGCGCGCCAACCAAGCUAAAUCACGGUUAAAAAUAAAAAUCAAGCUUCCCCCAACGACAAAACCAUCGGCGCCUCCCCAGCCGUCGACCUCCGCCGCCGUCCCCGCCGCCAGCAGCGCCACGCACCAUCUGGACGCCUUCCAGCGCUACCUGGCCGACCAGAAUCAGCGUCAGCGCAGCCUGGCCAAGAAGCCGUCGACGGCCAGUCUGGCGUCCACCUCUAAUGGUAAGGAGACCGUGCGCGCGACGGGAUCACAGCGGUUGAUGGAGGCGGCGGAGGGCCGCGGUGCACGGAAACGGAAGAGACGGGAUGAAGGGCAGAGCGACGAGGAGGAGAGUGAGGAGGACGAGGAAUCUGUCGUUUCCGAUGAUUCGGAUGCUUUAGCAACGGCCCCGCGUGCGCGUCCCCGGGGCAAGAUAAAAGCCAGGGAGAUGACGGUAGACGAUGCCAAUAAUGCCGUUUAUUUACAGCGGCUCAGUGAUUAUCGCGAAGCGGAAGCCCAGCGCCGGCAGGACGCGCUGCAGUCCGACGACACCGACCCGACCGAGCGCGAGUACAGCCAGUUAUCCGACGGUCUGCGCGUGCCCGCCCGCAUCUGGAGCGAACUGUACCAGUACCAGAAGCGCGGCGUGAAGUGGCUGUGGGAGCUGCACAAGCAGCAGGUGGGCGGCAUCCUCGGCGACGAGAUGGGCCUGGGCAAGACCGUCCAGAUCGUCGCCUUCCUCGCCGCCCUGCACUACUCCGCCCUCCGCGAUAAACUCUUGGGUGUGGACGGACUGGGUCCGGUGCUGGUGGUGUGUCCGGCGACGGUGCUGCACCAGUGGGUGGAGGAAUUCCAUCGUUGGUGGCCGCCCAUCCGGGUGGCGGUGCUGCACGCGUCCGGCUCGCAUUCCGGAUCGAAGAAAUCCCUGGUGGCCAGCAUGUUCAGCGCCAAGGGCGUCCUGGUGACCACCUAUCAAGGGGUGCUGGCCUACCAGGACAUCCUCAUCCGUCACAAAUGGCACUACGUUGUCCUGGACGAAGGCCAUAAAAUUCGCAAUCCGGAUAGCCAGAUUACCGUCGCAUGCAAACAGUUCCGUACGCCGCACCGGCUGAUCCUCUCCGGUUCCCCCAUGCAGAAUAAUCUCCGUGAAUUGUGGUCGCUCUUCGACUUCGUCUUUCCGGGCAAGCUGGGCCUGCUCAACGUCUUUCUCGAGCAGUUCAGCGUGCCCAUCAUCCAGGGCUCACGCGAGACCGCCUCCGAUCUCCAGGUUCAAACGGCCUUCGUCUGCGCCACCUCCCUGAAAGACAGCAUCAGCCCGUACCUGCUGCGUCGCAGCAAAGUCGACGUCAAAGCCAGCAUCCAGCUCCCCUCCAAGAACGAGCAGGUCCUCUUCUGCCAACUGACCGAGCACCAGCGCGACUUGUACGAGCGCUACCUCAAGUCGGACGAACUGAAGAACAUCAUCCACGGCAGCGUGCAGAUCUUCGUCGGCCUCAUGCAGCUGCGCAAGCUCUGCAACCACCCGGAUCUCCUGGACGGGGGGCCCAAGGUCUUCCUGGACCUGGCUACCCGCCAACCGAUCCGGGACCCCGCCGGCACGGACCAGUUCGGGUUCUGGCGGCGGUCCGGGAAGAUGGUGGUGGUGGAGGCGCUGCUGGCCAUGUGGAAGCGGCAGGAGCAUAAGGUGUUGUUGUUCUCGCAGAGCCGCAAGAUGCUGGAUAUUCUGCAGACCUUUAUGGACGAUUCCGGGUACACUUACCUGCGCAUGGACGGCACCACAGCCAUCGGGAAGCGCAAACACCUCAUCGCGGAGUUCAACGACAACCCGGCGGUGUUCGUCUUCCUGCUGACCACCCGCGUGGGCGGUCUGGGCGUCAACCUGACCGGCGCGGACCGCGUGAUCAUCUUCGACCCCGACUGGAACCCCUCCACCGACACGCAGGCGCGCGAACGCGCCUGGCGCAUCGGCCAGCAGCGCAGCGUCACCAUCUACCGACUGCUGUGUGCCGGGACCAUCGAGGAGAAGAUCUACCACCGCCAGAUCUUCAAGCAGUACCUGACGAAUCGCGUGCUGAAGGAUCCGCGCCAGAAGCGCUUCUUCAAGCACAACGAUCUGUAUGAGUUGUUCGCGCUGGCCGUGCCGGAGAAGGGCGAGGGCACGGAGACGGGGGCCAGUGUGGGUGUGGCCGAGGGGACGGGGAAAGAUCAGGAGAAGGAGGGGAAGGAUAAGUUGAAGGAGCUGGCCAGGAAGAUCAGUCAGCAGAUUGCUAGUGGGAAGAACUGCCGGGAGUUGGUUAAAAGCGCCGUGGAGGGUGCCGGUGGGGCUAGAGCCAAAGUGGACGGGGUGGCGAUCGCAGGAGUCAGUAAGAAAGAGACCUACCAGAGCCCGGUGGAGGACGAGGACAAGGACGGGAAGAAGGAGGAGUACAUCCUGGGCCGUCUCCUGAAACGCACCACGGCCCACUCCGCCGUCUCCUUCGACGACAUCGCCGCCGGCGGCCAUCCCGACCGCGCCAUCGUCGAGGCCGAAGCGCAGCGCGUCGCCCAGGAAGCCAUGCGCCUCCUCAAACUCUCCCGGAAGCAGUGCCACACGGCGGUCAGCGGCAUCCCCAACUGGGUGGGCGGGGCGUCGUCCCUCACCGCCUUCGACGCGCCGGACGACGAAGAAUCCCCUCCCGCCACCGCCGGGCAGCUGUUAUCCCACCUCCGACAGGUCGCGCCCGUGGAAGAGACCCCGCCGGCGGCGGACAACGGGCAGCCGUCGGAGGUGGCGCGGUUCGAGGAGAUGCUAACGCGGGACGGCGGCGCGGCGUCCUUCGUGACGGCGGAGCAGUUGGGGUUGGCGGAACGGCUGGUGGGGUUCCUGAAUCGGGAGGCGCUGGUCCCGGGGGAGGCCGGGACCGAGGAGAUUGUCGGGCGGUUCCGCGGGGAGCUCCCGGCCGGGGAGGCGGUGCUGUUCCGCGCCGUGUUGAAGGGGGUGUGUACGUUCGAGAGAAGGAGGGGCGCCGCGGCGGCCUGGAUCCUCCGACCCGAGUACCGCGAUUAUUCGUGAUAAAAUCAUCAUUUUAUCCUAUUUUAAACGUCCGGUUGGGUGUUUUUAUCAAUUUUACCCUGUUUUUCCGAUUAUUAUUAAAUUUUUUAAUGGCCUGUUUGGUGGUCGAUUUUUUCCUGUUUUUUUUCGGGCCCGUGGCAGAUUUUUAUGGAUCUGGGAUGUUGCGUUGGAUACUCAGGUGAA